GGUGUCCGCUGGAGUGAGCUCUAUAAAUUUGGUUAUUUUGAUAUUGUUAAAUGUUCCAUAAUCGAUGGGCUCCAUAAUCGUUACCUUCAUUUUUGGAAGUCUGAACAUAAGCCCAACAGUUCGCGAUGUUACUUGACAAACAAAGAUUUAGCAGAUAUGGCUGUAGAUGCAAAAAAAGCUGUUUGUUCCUCCUCAGUUUACAGCCAUAAGCUCUAAAAUAUCUGCUAAUUUCUCUGGCCUCAAAGGUGAUGAAUUUCGUUCAUGGACAAUAAUCUAUUCAUCUGUGGUUCUAAAAGGGCGUUUAAUUGACGAACAUAUGAUGAACUGGUUACGCUUUGUAAUGGCUAAUCAGAUACUUGCAUCAUCAUUUAUAACUGUAUCUGAAGUCAAUGAAGCUCAUACUUUACUUGUAGAAUUUAUUAAAAAUAAUGUCGACCUCUAUGAGCCCGAUUUCAUAAUACCAAAUAUGCAUAUGCAUUUACAUCUACAACAAACAAUCUAUGAUUUUGGGCCACUUUAUUCUACUUGGUUGUAUAGCUUUGAACGUAUGAAUGGUGAUAUCAAAAAAAUUGAUAUUAAUUUUAAAGAAGGACCCGAGUUCACUUAUAUGGAAAAGUUUCUUCAGCAAGUCCAUGUUCAAGAUUACUUACAAAUGCUUCCUAAUUCAUUAAAAGGCAAUACAAUUGAUUUGGUAGAAUUAAAUAGCAAUGAUAAUAAUUCAUUACGCCAAAAAAGGAGCAGCGACUCAAAUUAUAUGUUUGAUUUAGAAACUUUUCUAACCAACCUAAUCAAUACAAAUGCCGUCUUAACUGGUAGUGAGCCUUUACCUCCUUCAGCAUUGCCAUUAAAGACUAGAAAAGCCAUAUUUAUGAAUAAUCAUCAUUAUAAUCGUUUAUAUGAAUUCUACCGAUCUGUAUAUGAUGCCUGCUUUACUAUUAAGAAGAUUACUGAUAAUGCUUUCUCAUCACAUUUCACAGCCAUUAUUAUCAAUUUGGCAGGUCAACUUUUCAGAUGUGUGGCGUGUAGAACGGAUAGAGCUGCUUAUAUUCAAGCAAUGGUUCCUCAAAGAAACGGAUGCUUUAGAGUUGGAAAAAUACUUUAUUUUUUUUUUUUUUUUACAAAUGAGGUAUUUCUUCCUAAUAAUGAUAAUCUUUUUGGACCUCCUGUUGCUAAAAAACAUGUCUUUGCUUUUGUUCGCUGGUAUAAGCCUUCCGAUAAUUCGUUCUCCUCUUUUGAUGCACAUAAUGUUGAAGUGUGGAAAAAUGAAUUUGAAGCAGAUAGCAGUUUGUCCAUUUUACCGCUUCAUCAAAUACAUACUUGUGUCGCACUUGCUCCAUAUAUUGAUAGCAAUGUUUUAGUACUUCCUUUGCCUCGAAGAAUAAUUGGCGUGUAAAUCUUUUUUUUUUUUUUUUUGUAUGCAUAUUUAUAUAUUGUUACAUUUUUUAUUUAUAUGACUAUAACACUUUUUAAACACAUAACAUUAAAUUAAUUCUUAUUGUUAACGUC